AAAACCGAAGAGACCGGGCGACCAUAUUUGAAGUUGGCAAACGACAUUAAAAAAGAUAGUCACGACAAUAACAGAGCUCCAGACAUCGAUCCUACAAUUUUGGCGAACAAUUCUCCACGAAAUUCUUUCGUUUCUACCUCAAGAGCCUCGAUGGUUACCGCAAGAAAUUCUCAACCCACUGACAGCGGUGAUAACGAUGAUAUAUGGGAUGACUCCGCCUUCAUUGUACGUAUCAUGAACCUGGCGGAUACAAUUGGAAGUGAGCCAGUGGUGGAUCCAAUAGCUCGUACUUCGGAUUCGACGAAUGUUAAACAGAAUGUUAGGAAAGUUUAUGAACACCAAAAAACCGAUUCCGGAUUUGCACAAAUUCCCGAGGAAUGUCACGUGAUACAAACACCGAUACCCGAAACCCCAGCACAAGAAUAUGCUCGAAUUAUGCGCCAUCCCUUAGAUUCGCCAUCAUCACAGUCAACAGUCAAUCAAGUCAAUGAAACGUACCCUUCUUCCGCGGAAGAAUAUACAGAGAAAUCGGAGGGUGACUCGAUCAAUCGAACACUUCGACAUAAGAAGAGUAAUCUUAGCAGACGUAGCUCAAUUCACUUUCGAAAGUCGAUGGAUGGAGAUGACAGAAGUAUACUAUCAAAAAUGUCAAAAAUCUCUCAAGUCGAAGGAAUUAUCGAGGUCCCAGAGGAAGAAGUUGACAUUGGGGAUAAUGGAAGAAAAUUCUUCCCAGGGAAAAAGAAAAGGGCUUCUACUAAUGAUUCGAUAAGGAGUAAAUCGAACAAUGGAAUUUUGCGUAGACUUUUUAAAUCUAAAAUUGGAAAUUUAAAUAAAACCAUGAAUGAAGAGGAUGGUGUCGACGCGGAUAAUCAAUUGAAGAGGAAUGAUGCUAGUAGUAAUAAUAAUUCAACUUCAUCGAACAAUGAUAAUAAUGGUCCUGAGAAUUCCGAUAACGUGACAGAAGAGAAGGGAGUGACGCUACUAAAAAAAAGAUAUAAUCACGGUAUCAAGGGUAGAACAAGUGGUGUUCGAGAAUUCGGUGAUGAUUGUAACUAUUAUACUUCCGCGAACAGUGAGACUGGGUCAAGUAGGGCCAGUAGGACAACGAGUGAAUGCGAUGAUGAUACAGGUCAUUCGAAUUUUUACCUCGCAAUGCCAAAUGGUCAAUGGAUGGUAAGGACCAGGACCGCGUCAAGAAAAAUCAUCGUCAUGUCCACUGGCGGCGAACCUCUCGAUGGGUCUUCAGUGCCAAUGGAAACCGACAACCUGAAUUCUAGUGAUAUCGGUGAACCAACAGAUCAGGACCUCUUAACCGCGCCAGAAGUAAUGGUGGACGACAUCUUGGACUUUAAGAUGGAAAAGGGCGAGGUGAAAGAUCCCACAAGUGUAACAUUCACUAUAAAUGGCGAAGAUCAUACUUUGGGAAAUGCCUUGCGUUAUACGAUUAUGCUAAAUCCCGAGGUUGAGUAUUGCGGUUAUUCAAUCCCACAUCCUUCAGAAGACAAGCUCAAUAUACGCGUUCAGACCACAGAGAAUACAACCGCGAUCGAAGCUUUGCGAAAAGGUCUUGAGGACUUGAAAAUGAUAUGUGAUCACAUUAAAGAAACAUUCAUUGAAGCAAAUUUAAAAUUUGAUAAUCGUAUGAUUUCUACUAGUAGUAGUGGUGGUGGGUAA